CGUUGAGUCAUUCAGCGUCAUUAGAUUACUCUGUUCACACACGUACGUGCCUCGACUCGUUUUGUAUAGAAAUGGAAGCACACAAAAUUGAUACUGAAAAGCUAAUUAGCGAAGUAGAGAACCGACCGUCACUUUGGGAUUUGAGGAAAAAGGAAUACAGCGAUAGGGUUAUGAGAAGAAAAUGUUGGGAGGAACUAGCACAAUUGACGAAAAGAAGCUGUUAGGUAAUGAAUUGCAUAACAAGUGGAAAAAUAUCCGAGGCAACUUUUCAAGAGAUAUUCAUCAAAGGAAAGGAAAGUCAGGGGCUGGA